UUAUGUUUGUAUUUUGUAGUCAAAUUCAAAUCAUUAUUCAUUAAUUACUACCUAUUAUGUUCAGACUUCAUAUUUUGUUUUUUAAGUUAUUUAAAGUUCAAACUCCCAAACUGCAAGUGCCCUAUUGCAGCGAAAACAAAUUAUAACAAAUAAUACAAGAAGAUCGAGAUUAUUUAUUGCAAACUGUUCGAUUUUACCGACAGAACUUUUAUAUUCUAAAAGAACUGUGUUUCUGUGUGCUUAUUUUGUUGUCUGUUGUGUAUUUUGUAUUUAUACUGUGAUAGAGUUGCUUCUAAGCCAUGUUGAAGUUUGAAAUUGUAUCUUCUCGAGUUGUUGAAGGAGUUGACAAUGAAAAAAAAUUUGUGGCGUACAUGUUGCAAGCAAGACAACAUUCUGGAGAAUCUGAGAUUUAUGACCGUGAACCUGCUAAUGUUGAAAGGCGAUAUACACAUUUUUUAGAACUGUAUAAUGGCUUGAAAAAAGACUACCCAGUUCUUAUGAGUAACACGCCAUUUCCGCGGAAGAUGCUUAUGGGCAAUUUUGGCCCAACUCUUAUAUCUAGUCGAUGUGAAGCAUUUGAGUCGCUACUCACCUUGUUGGCAAAUGAGUCAUGUCUCCGGGAUUCUCCGGCAGCUUUAGCAUUCUUUCAAGAUGUUGAAUUAACUGAAGCAAAGCGACUUAUUAGUGAAGACAAAUUCGAUCAAGCUUUAUCGGUCCUAGAAACUAGUUUUAAAUUAUUGAGUAAGGUGUAUACAGAUCAUUCAAGAGUAGUAUUAUGUGUGCUGUGUCGUAUUGUGGCGUGUGCAGGAGCUAGCGGUGGAGCUCUGGCAGGGCCCGUUGAGAAAUGGGCUCAUCUUGCCUUGAGACGUUAUGAAGUAGUGAGCGAUUCAGAUCUCCUGUUGAUAUAUGUUCCUCUGCUACACACAUGCAUAUCAAUAUGGGAAACCUUGGGACGUGACAAAUCAAGGUUAGUGGAAGAGUUGAAUGGUCUUCGAAAAAUGGGAAUGAAAGUUGAUUCAGUGCCGACCCUCAUGGAAGCAGUGGACUGUCUUGAUAUUACUGUUUGAAGGACGAAAAAUUUAUGUAUUGUAUCCUUAGAACGGCAGGUAGCUUUAAUGUUAUAACGGCUCGAAGUAAGGGCUUCAUUUCACCGGGACACCAUGGUGACGCAACCAGUCGCGCGUAAGCUACCAAACUGGACACCAUACAGUUACCACACCGCACUGAGACGUUACCCUAACUUGAUGGUCUACUUUGCGAUUUUUUGAUAAUAAAUAUUUCUCUGUCGAAAUUAACCAUCAUAUGCAAUUAACAAACCCAGUUAAAAAAACAACAGUGCACAACUAUUGCAUGCAAUAAGGUGGGAGUGUCACUGGCGGACGGACUGGCGGCUGAGUGAGUGAGACACCAUACAGCUUCUUAGUAACUAGUUAGUUAGCUUAGACUCGUCCACACAAUGUUACUGUUCUCGCCACCAACCGGACAUCAGGUAAGUAACUCUCUAUAGAGCUGUACAUUUUGUUGGUAGUGGUGACUGGUUGCGCCACCGUGGUGUCCCAGUGUAAUAUAGCCCUUAUUCAAAAGUGACAGAUUUUUACAUCAUGAUAUUAUAUCUAAGAUAUUCUAAGGAUAAUUGUUAUACAUAAAAGGCCUAUUUUAAAUUACUCUUCUCAUUAGUGUAAUAUUUACAAAACUGAUAAGAUUUUAUAAGUGUAUUAAGAGAUUUAACGGUUUUUGCGUACAUGGUAUAAUUUGCACUAACAACCUAAGGCUGUCUUUACUAAAAAAGUACAUUCCUACAAAGAUGGUGGACUAAAAAUUAAAUUUAAUUAUUCACGUCUUAGUCUCAAUAAUUAGUCAUCAAGUCUGCUUUUAUUGAGCUGGAUUUAAAGAUUAUGUCGGUGAAGAUAAUUAAUAAAUAAUUAAUAAUAAAAUAAAGCUUAUAUAAACUUUUACAGGAGGUAGGUAUACGUCUGAAGUGAACUGAGGGUAUUUGUAAAUAAAUAUCAUAAGUCAUUUUUCUUAGUUUCUGAUUAGGUGAAAUCAUCAAUACCCCAACUAAUUAUUAGAUCCGUCUUACUAAAAGCGAUGGAAAACAGCUUCUUUACAAAGCACGUGGUGCCGCCAAACAAUGUGUGUUCAGGAACAAUGUUAAAGCCCUGCGCAAAUUCUGAUUUGCCGCGGUCGCAGACAUGUGUCAUAUUUCUAUAUCUCAUUAGCCCAGUAAAUUCACUAGCUAUUACACUAGCACCAGAAAAUGGUGCCACAGUGCAAACACCUAGGUAUCAUAUAGCUAGCAUCUAGCUAUCCUAUUGCUAGCAUAUAGAUAUCCUAUGGCUAACAUAUUUAUAUCCUAAAGCUAGCACGUAGGUAACCUAAAGCUAGCAUCUAGGUAUCCUAUAGCUAGCAUCUAGGUAUCCUAUGGCUAGCAUCUAGCUAUCCUAUUGCUAGCAUAUAGAUAUCCUGUGGCUAGCAUAUUUAUAUCCUAAAGCUAGCACAUAGGUAUUCUAAAGCUAGCGUCUAGGUAUCCUAUAGCUAGCAUCUAGCUAUCCUCUUGCUAGCAUAUUGAUAUCCUAUGGCUGGCAUAUUUAUAUCCUAAAGCUAGCAUAUAGCUAUCCUAUAGCUAGCAUCUAGGUAUUCUAAAGCUAGCAUCUAGGUAUCCUAUAGCUAGCAUCUAGCUGUCUAAGAAGCCACUAGUGAGCUAAUUUUUUACAAAUCAUUUUUUAAAUCACAAUUUAUGGUCAGAAAUUAUAAAACUUAGUCACAAUUUCCUAUAGCUAUUAUUUUUUAAUGAGCUCUUGUACAUUCAUGAAAUAUCUCUUUUUGCCAUAAGUAAAAUCACGCUAUAAUCUACAGGCGUGUUGAGUCUGAUAAAAUUAUAAUUUUAAGAAAAGUCUUGUUUUAAUUGAAAAGUUUAACAACCUGUAUGUGAUGUUAUUAUGAUUUAUUUGAGUGGACAGCUUUGUAUAAAAAAUUAAUCCUUUUAUUUUCUUUUGAUUAUGUGACUAAAUUGAGCAUACGACAUUUUAAGUUGAUAUUAAACGUUUAAAAGGUAAUAAUUUGUAUAUAAAAUCAUAUCAAAACUAAUCGGUUUUCUUAUCAAAUAGUUGAGGGGUAGGUAUUGGGUUUUUCUGUGGAGAAAAAUUGUAAGUAGAAAUUGGCAAGGGCGUAGGAAUUUAAAUAUAUCUGACGCGAUAUGUGGGCAUUAUAUAAUUGUUUAUUAAGGUUAUAUUAUCUUUAUGUAAGUGAUAUAUUAUAUGUUUUUUUAAGUGAUAAUAAUGCUAAUUUUUGUUAAAUAUAAUAUAUUAGGCACAGACGAGUAAAAAAAGAAGGACUCCGAGCGGCGCCGUGAUAUUAGCAAGUGAAGCACCGUUAUGCUAGUGUGUGUGCGGUUACGGGGGAUACUAGUUACACAAUUUUUUCACCCUUAUAUAGUUAUAUAUAGCCACAAAUACUUAUAUAAUAUCGUUUUACACUUGUUCACAACGCACGACGGCAUUUUUAAAAUAUUUUAUUGAGACGCAAACUGAUCUGUCACAGACGACUGUCAUGACAAUUCUCAUAAUGGCCGCCAUCGGCCUGUAGUAGUGUAAGUGUGUGCGUGGAGCUAUGUAUUUAGACGUUAAUCGGCUUGUUUUGGUGCUACACUGUUAUGUAAGGUGACACGGAGUCCUUAUUUUUUUACAAGUCCGUGAUAUUAGAAUAAGUAUGUAAGUUGUAUAAAUUCUUUAAAAUUGCAAAGACCAUAAUAUUAUCACAGUCAAUUGUCUACUAAGUGAGAUUAAAAUGUAGUAUAUAGCUUUAAUCCUGUAACUUACUUGUGAUGUAAUGUGUAUCAUAAAUAUUAUUCGUUACUGAUGUCAAACACUCGAUGCGGGUAUCCAUAGCAUGCAGAUGGUUUUGCCAGUGUUGAUAUUAAUAUUGUGGUGUCUAUUUAAUCAUUAUUUUGUAAGAGUAAUUACAUAUUGUACAGUGUAUACUCCAUUUAACGCUACUGGGCUUAACGAUUAACUCGCUAAAACGUCGAAUAAAACGACUUAUAACAUACCAAACUGGAUGUCAUGAAUCCAUAAUAUCAAAAAGCCACUGACCUGUUAAAUACCACUGGACAGGCUGUACCAUAUGUUUGACAACAAAUUUUUUGUGCUUAUUUGAAGCGCCACUCGCGAGCGUGUAUUUUUGCAUUUUGAAUUAAUUUCGUUCGUUUUCCGUGUUAUUUAUAUUUCAAGAAUCAACGUAAUGAAGUAUACAAUUAUUUUUGUAAAUAGAUUCCCACCAUCUAUCGAUGGUUGCUGAGGUUGUCACCACUAGUUUUUAGUACCGCAGACUCUCGCUACAUGACCAACAGUGCCAAAAUGGCGAAUGUCAAACAGGCACAAAAGCACUUUGACAGCCGCCAGUCCAGUGGUAUAUAGUAGAGGUCAGUGUCAAAAAGCACACUGUACAUUCAUCUGUCAUUAGAGCACUGAUUGUUUAUGGCACUGGUAGUAGCGAAUCUCCGACAUUAGUAUAGACACAAUACAGUAAUAGAACAGCACUUAAACUUCAUACUAGAGCGUCCGAAUCGACGCACGCACACAUACACACAAUUUACAUGUCCGUUAAGGAAUCCUGGGGAGACAAAACUAUUGAGUACCACGUCGUACGCGUCUUAGGCAGAGAUCUAUAGAGUUUACUUCGACUAUGAUUACGUAAAACUUAGCGGAGUGUAAUCUUAGCAUAAUCUUUUAUUUCGUUUGUAUAGUCAUUUGAAUAAUCAGCCGAAAUUAGGAUGAGCUUAAGCUAAGACAGCACAAUGUAAAAGUCAAGUUCGUGCUUUAUCACACAGUGGGUAUCACAGCGGCGCCUAUUUCUGCCGUGAAGCAUUAAUGUGUAAGCAUUUCUGUAUUUCGGUCUGAAGGGCGCCGUAGCUAGUGAAAUUACUGGGCAAAUGAGACUUAACAUCUUAUGUCUCAAGGUGACAGGUGCAGUUGUAGUGCCGCUCAGAAUUUUUGGGGUUUUUCAAGAAUCCUGACCGGCACUGGAUUGUAAUGGGCAGGGCGCACAGUUACCAUUAGCUGAACGUCCUGCUCGUCUCGUCCCUUAUUUUAAUAUAAAAAACACUCGGCCAAGUUUUACGUAAGUAAAGUCUGAGCAAAGUCUUAGUACGCUCCAUAGAUAUCAGCCUAAGACUGGUCGCUGUCCGAGCUAAAUUAGCUGCGCCGCGCCGUCUGCGUCGUCAAUCUUUUUGUAUGUAGCAACUCUAGCGCUCUGUUACGCUACUGUUCUCUAUUACCUGUACUGUGGUAAAGAGGAGUGAUGAUUCUAUUUAAAUAUUUACAUAAUCACAUUAACUUAGCUACUUAUAAUCAUAACAUUAUUUCAGUUAAUUUUAUUAUACAAUUUUAUGUUUAAAGUUUAAAUCAUUGUUUAAAAUAUUAUUUUGUUAUGUUUAUUUUGAAAUAUUUAAUUCGUACAGUCUAUGUUUAAUCAUGAACUAUGUUAAUACAUUAUAAUACAUAUUAGAAUUAUUUCGGCUUAUUUUAUGUAAGAUUACUUUAGAUUUUAGACAGCAUGUUUAAAAAUAUGUUUAGGGCAGUAAAAUGUAGGGUGAUACUAUACCAAUAUCUAUUUUCAUUCAAUACUGUGAUAAGAAAAUGUUAUUUUACUUUUAACGUUUAUGAAUAUAUUAAAUUUAUAUAUAUUUAAUCCAUUGACGUACUAUAAACAACUACACUGACAAUCACGUUCAAAAAUUGUCUGAAGCAAAACUCUGCCUUGUGCAAUUAGGCAGAGUUUUCGUUCAAAGACUUUGAACAUUACUGCCACGAAAUAAGGUGUUAUUUUGAAUGAAUGUUUUAAUGUUAUCUGUAUAAGUUAAUGCCAACGCCGCUCGGACUAUUUUUGAUGGCCUUUUAAUAGGCAAUUUGGAGUCUAGUCGUUUAUAGUACGUUAAUUAAUUUAACCAUAUCAAUUGAUUAAAUGUUUAAAAUUAAAAAGUAUUAUUAUUAAUCAAAUCAAACUAAAAUUACUCAAGAGAUGUUUUAUGUUCACACGGCUGCUUUCUUAUGAGGAAACAUUAGUGGGCACUUUUCUGAGCAAAAAUUCUUGGUUUUAACCCCAAACCAAAAUUAUUUUGAAACCAGAUUAAUACCAUCGUUACAAUAUCGUUGUCUUGUUUAUUGAUAUUUGUGAAGUAAAACUUCUUCAUCGACCUAUGAGAGACAUUUUAUAGCAACAUCGUCACGAUUUUCGGUUACGCGCCAUGUUGUUUUUUCUCACAGUUUAGUAUAGUGACGUAAAGUAAAUAUUAUAGAGCAAGAGCCGAACGAGAAGAGAAGAACAAUUUUUAAUAAUAUUCUGAAGGUAAUACCGAAAAAUCGCACUUUAUUCUUUGAUGUAGAUCGUUAGAUCGGUAUUUUACACACCUUUAGUACCGUUUACCUGUUAAAGCCACUGUAACGCAAAUUUCAUAAUGGACCAUCGUUCUUACCUGUGUUGGGAGCAUGCGCUGACAAACUUUCAACUUUUAUAAAAUGACGUAGGUCUGGGGUCCACGGGCUCUUAGACCAUUAGUUUGAAAGUGAUAAAAUAAAAAUAUCUAUUUGUAUGCAUGUCUACAAUAAUGAUAGCUUUAAUUUAAUACGGAUUUUUUUUCUUAAGCCUUAUCUACCCAAAAUCUCUGAAGUUGUAAAUAGUAGAAAAAUUAUAUUCCAUAAAGAAUUGUAUCUUCUUAUCUGCGGUCUACACACAUAUUUUUUGUUUUUGUAAGUGCUAGAGUACUUUAAAAAGUGCUUAAAACGGCUUAAUUAUACAGGCUGCAAACAGAAUUCCAAAAUUUCGUCACGAGUGGCUAAUUUUUGGACAGGGAAAUUUUCUAGAACGAAAGCCUGAUUUUUUAAUUUUUUACUCACGAUUUUAACGUUGAUGAUUGUCUCGCCCGCGUUAGCGCGACGGUAUGUUGUUUUAGAAUUGUUAAAUCUAAAAAAAUGGUAGUUGUAGACAGUGCUGAUAGAAGCGAAAACUUAAAACGUUGAAAUUUCAUAAUGAUAAAAACAAAUUAAAUUUACUGAUUAAAUUUGACGACCGAUAUAGCCCAAUGGUUAGUGACUCCUGACUACUAAGUUCCUCUGGGUCCCGGGUUCGAAUCCCGGUAGGUGCAAUCAUUUAUAUGAUGGAUAUGUUUCCGAGUCAUGAAUGCUUAUAUGUAUUUAUGUAACUAUGUUUAUGUAAUUGUAUUAAAUAUAUCGUUGUCUUGUACCCAUAGUACAGGCUAUGCCUAUUUGGGGCAAGAUAAUUUGUGUAAAAGUGUGUAAAUAAUUAUAUUAUUAUUAUUUAUUUCAAUUUAUUUUUAAAACUUAUUUUCAAAAAUAUAUUUAUAAACAAAAACAUUAUUUCAAUAUUGCACAGUAUAUACACAUAGGAGUUAUCACUAGAUCCAUUUAAUUUCACUUAUAAGAUAUACACAGCACUAAUGUUGCACAAUACGUCAGCUGUAUAGCUACAGAUAUACUGCUAUAAAAAUUUCGGUGACUCGUAACUCACGUGAUUUCAAACAUCCAAAAAGUGUAUAACUGCAUUAAUUGUUGCUUUAAUAUUUAUCGCGUGCGCCAGUCAUAAGCAUGUCGGUGACGCGAACCCUUAAUCUUUUCCCCUACCAAAAAGUGCCCAACGUGGCAAAAGAAGUUUCCACUUCAAAAAGGCCUCAGCUAAUGUUUACUCUUUAGAUGCGAAUGAAUUAUGAAAUAUUUAUUGAGUGGUUAAAAAUGAUAGAAUCCAAUUGAAAUUUAAUUUUUAUUCUUAUUUAAUCUUGAAGUCGAACUGUGUAGUUUGUAGAACAGUUUAUACAUUUCUAUCUCAUACAGUUUUAGUAAAGUGUAUUAAACAAA